AUGUCGAAAAUCCAAAAUCUUCGCCACUUCCUCCCCAAAUACACCUUACACUAUUACAAAACGCCUCUGAUAAUCGAAAAAGGCGAAAAACAGUGGCUUUUCGACGCGAAUGGCAACAAAUAUUUGGACAUGUUUGGUGGAAUUGUCACUGUUUCCGUGGGGCAUUGUCAUCCGUAAGUUCGAAAAUACGUCUAACCAGAAAUAAUCCAAAUUUUUCAGAAAAGUCAAUGAAGCGUUGGAAAGGCAAAUGAAAAAGUUGUGGCACACAACCUCAAUCUACAUUACAGAACCGGUCUAUGAGUACGCGCAGGCAUUGACUAGUACCCUUCCCGGACAUUUGAAUGUAAGCCGGAGUCAAAAAUUAAAUAUUUUUUGCCUCAAACUUUGACGCAAAGCUCGAGGAAACUAUUCCGAGACCAAACUUAUCUCUUGUAAGAAAGAAAAAACCUUAUCUUACAAGAGAAGUAAGAUCCCCAAGUGCGUCGCUCGAUUUGCUUUUAAUUUUGCACACACGUUGGGCAUAGACUAAUUGUCGAUUCAUGCAAGUUUUAGCCCUUUGCAAGCGCCACUGAGAUAUUGAACGAUCUUUGCCGCCGAGAGAGUACGCUAAACGCGGAGAGCGGUCAGAGAGAAAAACGCUUUUUUAUCAUAACUUUGCUAGUUUCGUGCGGAAAAAAAACUAUUUUUUUUUGUGGAAACAUUACCCUUUACGCUAGAAAUAGGUGUGAAACUUUUAGCGCCAAAAUUCGGUAAAAAGUCUCAAAUUUUCGCCGACUUUCGAUCUAAAAAUCUUUGAGGUUUCUGUAAGGCGUGUCAAUUUUUCGCCAAUUUUCGAUCUAGAAAUCUCGAUUGUUUCUGCAAAGUGCUAGCUAGAAUACUCGCAUAUACCUUGGAAAAAAUCAUUCUAAAUUUGUGACAAGUUUCAUCAAAACCUAAGUGUCGCACUUGGGGUACUUCCCCCUUCCCCAGUUAACUCGAAUUUACCGGAAUUUUCAAAGUUUUAAGUGCAAAAGAAUGUCAUUUUUUCAGGUUUGUUUCUUCACCAAUUCCGGAUCCGAAGCCAAUGACCUGGCCUUGGAGUUGGCCCGACUUUACACUGGUCGAUUCGACGUUCUCUCGCUUCGCAAUGGAUAUCAUGGAAUGACUCAAGCGCUGGCCGGCGCCACCAAUUUGGGAAAUUGGAAACAGCCGUUGCCUCAUGGGUUUGGGAUCUUGAAGUCGCUUUGCCCGGAUCCAUUCAAAGGAGUCUACCGCUGCGGUUCUUGCAGGGACAGUCCAGUUCAGGUAAGCGAGUUCGAUGAGCGCAAAAUUUUAGACGUCUGCUGAAGCUAGACGUCUAAAAUUUAAUUUUUUUCGAACAAAUUGCCUUAAAAUUUUGCAACGACCCUCUAUGAGUGACGCAAAUCAAUCCCUCAAAAUUUUGGCCCGUGUUUUCUAAGCUUAUCCGAGAUAUUCGACGAUCUUGUUUUAGAAGGAUAAGUUUUGUCAUGGUUAGUAUAAAGGUUAAGUUCUCGUCGUCGGACGCUCUGAUUUUCUUCAACUUUGGAACUGAUAUUCUAAAAGAGACGCAAAUCAAUUUCUGAAACUUCUCUUUCUUUAUUUCCAAUCAUAAUGGACAUAUUCAGCGAUUUUUGAGGGCCAGAGACUAUGGAAAAUGAGGAGAGAUGGAAAGACUUUUCUUGGCCGUAUCUUUCUGAAUUCUAUAGGGAAACAUUCGAUUUUCCAUAGAAUUCGCAAAGAUAAAGCCAACAAAAUUGUUUCACACCAUCUCUCCUCAUCUUCCGUAGUGCCUCGUCCGCAAAAAUCGCUGAACAUGGCGGCCGCUACGCUUGGAAAUCACAGCCUAAACGUUUCAGAAAUUGAUUUGUGUCCCUUAUACAUAAAUCAAUUUCCAAAUUUGCCGUUCCAAAUUUGAAGAAAAUUGGAGCGUCUCAUGGCGAGAAAAUGACCUUUAAAUUAACCAUGACAAAACUUAACCCUCUAAAACAAGAUCGUCGAAUAUCUCGGCGAAGCUUAGAAAGCACGGGCCAAAAUUUUCAGAGGUUGAUUUGCGUCACUUAUAGAGUGUCGUUGCAGAAUUUUAAGGCAAUUUGUUCGAAAAAAAUUAAAUUUCAAAAUCCAAUUUUCAGGUAAAAUCCGCUCCCAAAUGUUCGACCAAUGAGUGCAAAGCGACAAGCGGCUAUCUCGAGCAAUUCGAUCAAGUCUUGGACUAUGAUUUCCCCAAGGCAACCGGGCCGGCCGCCUUUUUGGCGGAGUCGAUUCAAGGAGUUGGAGGGACAGUCCAAUACCCGAAGGGAUAUUUGUCCGGCGCCUUCGAGCGGGUCCAAAAGCGAGGUGGCCUAGCGAUCAGCGACGAAGUUCAGACCGGAUUCGGACGCCUAGGAUCCCAUUUUUGGGGAUUUGAGAGUCAAAAUGCAAGGCCGGAUAUUGUCACUAUGGCCAAAGGAAUUGCGAACGGAUUCCCAAUGGGAGCAGUGGUCACCACAAAGGAAAUAGCCGAUUCGCUGGGCAAGGCGCUGUACUUUAACACCUAUGGAGGCAAUCCGCUGGCUACUAGUGUGGCAAAAGCGACAUUGGAAGUAAGAAAAGGGGCAAAACUGGUCUAAAAUAAGGUUUUUCUUUUUCUUUUGUUGAGAAAAUCGGGAUUUUCUCAAAAUUUCGGGUCAAAAAUUUGUGUCAUUCUCGCCUUAAAUUUUCUCUAUGGUUUCAAGAGGCCCAACAGAAUGACAAAUGAGUCUCAUAACCUCAAACACCCAUAAAAAUUGACUACAGUAACGGACCUGAUCCAGUGGCAAAAAACGUACCAUUUUGCAUCCGGGAAGUAUCAAAAAUGUGGCAAAAUGCUUCCCUCUUCAAGUGAAAAAACUUCGUUUUGAAAGGUGCGCUUUUGAAAUCGGAGUUUUUUCACUUGAAGAGGGAAGCAUUUUGCCACAUUUUGACACUUCUCGGAUGCAAAAUGAUACGUUUUUUGCCACUGGAUCAGGUCCCCCGCUGUAAAAUACAUCAACUUUAUAUUUUACUUGCCAAAACUGCUAUAAAGCAGUAUUUUUCCAUUAAUUCACCCCUCGUUUUUCAGGUAAUUCAAGAAGAAGGUCUCCAGCGAAACUGCGAAGUCGUUGGGACGCACUUUCUCCGCGAAUUGGCCAAGAUACCCUCCAGGCAUAUCGGUGAUGUCCGCGGAAAAGGCCUAAUGGUUGGUGUGGAAUUGGUGGAAGAGGGUGUGAAACCACUCGCGAUCGACAAAGUGGCUGCGGUUUUCGAGAAAAUCAAGGAUUUUGGAGUUUUGGUGGGCAAAGGAGGCCUAAACGGGAAUGUUUUACGGAUCAAGCCGCCAAUGUGUAUCGAUAAAAUCAAUGCAGAUCAAUGUGUGGAGGCGAUCUCGAAGGCUUUGAAGGAAAUUGAGUGA